AUGUUGCUCCAAAGACUUGCAAUAUUUGCCCAUGCUGUAUCUUUUGCAAAUGCCGCCCUCACAUACAAAGGGGUAGAUUGGUCCUCAACUCUGAUGUUGGAAAAAUCAGGCAAGUCCUUCAAGACCACCGGCGGAAGUACCGCUGCAUUCGAAAGCAUCUUGAAGUCCAGCGGCGUAAAUACGGUGCGUCAACGGUUAUGGGUCAACCCUGCAGAUGGCAACUAUAAUCUGGCAUACAACAUUGCCCUUGGGAAGCGUGCAAAGGCAGCGGGGUUGGGAGUAUACCUAGAUCUUCAUUACAGUGACACAUGGGCGGAUCCAGCGCACCAGACACUGCCUAAAGGCUGGCCAUCCAACAUCGAUGAUCUGAGUUGGCAAGUAUACAAUUAUACUCAAAAUGUAUGCAACUCUUUUCAAGCGGCAGGUGUACCUCUUGAGAUAAUCUCGAUCGGUAAUGAGAUAACCGCUGGUAUGCUCUGGCCACUGGGGAAAACCAGUAGUCCGGCGAACCUAGCACGUAUGCUACAUUCGGCAGCAGCUGGCGUGAAAGACUCGAGUCUUGCAAAGAAACCGAAAAUUAUGAUCCAUACAGAUAAUGGAUGGAACUGGUCUACACAAUCCUGGUUUUACAAGCUCAUACUGGCUCAAGGGACACUGGUGACGACUGAUUUCGAUAUGAUUGGUGUUUCUUAUUAUCCCUUCUACAAUAGUUUGGCAACGCUCGCAUCCCUUAAAAGCAGUCUAAACAACAUUGCCACGACUUUUUCGAAACAAGUCGUGGUUGCAGAAACAAAUUGGCCUGUAUCUUGCCCGAGCCCCAAGUACGCUUUCCCCAGUGACACCACAAGCAUUCCAAAGAGCAUUGCUGGCCAGACGACCUGGAUGAAAAACGUAGCUUCUGCCCUGGGAGCUGUUUCGGGAUCUUUAGGUGUAGGAGUAUUUUAUUGGGAGCCAGGAUUUAUUGGGAAUGCUGCUCUUGGCAGUUCGUGUGCUGACAACCUGAUGGUCGAAUACUCUGGAAUUGCGAGGUCGAGUUUGUCGGUAUUUUCAUCGCUCUGA